CUAACCGGAAGUGGAUCGGCACGGCGCACAGGUGCUAGCUUGGCGUAGCUGGCAUGUUGUUUGCGGCGUCGCGUUCACAUUCCAACGUGAGCCUCCAAGCAGCAGCGGGGAUGUGAGCCGGCCGCGUAAAGGACUUUCUGCCUUCCUCAAGCUGUCGUCUGUCCAUUUUGAAGGACUAAAAACUCCCCGAAAUGGAUCCUACCGCUUGCCCCGACGGCUACAGGGCUCUCAGCACUGGCGAGCUGAGGGAGCUUUUACAAAGCGACGACAAAAUGGAGCAAAUCAUUGGACUCAAUGAGAAGUUUCAGGAGCUCCAAGUGGACAGGGAGAUGAUGAUGGCGUCCAACCGCAGCCUGGCCGACGAAAGUCUGGCCCGGCGGCCCCGCCUCAAUAAUGGCAGAAUCCAGUUGGCCGAGAAAUACCGGCAGCUGUCCAACCUGGCGACCACGUGCUGGGAAAAACAGAGUCAGCUCGGAGCCCGAGUCCAGAAGCACAGCCUGCAGAGCGCCCAGAACCUCCUGCAAGAAGAGGUGACGCGCGCCGAGGAGAACUCGGAGGAGCUGCUGGACAAGUUCAUGGAGGGCAACCUGAGCCUGGAGGACUUCUUGGACUCCUUCCAGCGCUCCAGGAGGACUUACCACACCCGCCGAGUGCAGGCGGAGAAGAUGCAGGACUUGAGCAAGAAGCGCCCCGGCGGCGGCGAGGACGCGCGUUCUAAAGCGGCUGAGGAGGCCAAGGCGGACGCCGCGGAGCUGCCGCGGCCCAACGGCUACCUGGCGCAGGGACCUCUGCGGGUCUUUCAGGUGCGCUACGGCCUGACGCCAGCCAUCCUGCUACCGCAUUACCCCGUUUCUCCCGUUUCGCCCGUGCUCUCGGUCCCGCCGCAGCAGGCCCCGCCGCAGCAGGCCUCGGCGCAGCAGGCCAGGACUCCCCCGCCCGAUCCCCAGCCGCCGGGGCCCAUCCUGGGCUCCGGCGCCCCCCUCCACCCGGUGGGCCUCAGGGUGAUCGGACAGCUGCCCGGGGGCUGGCCGGCCAACGGGCGGCCGGUGCGAUUGCAGCAGCUCUACAGGCCCGACCCCCAACAGCCCCAGCCUUCCCUCCGUUAAGUCAUUAUGGGGAAGGAGGCGGGGCCAAAGCUUCUCUGCGAGGUUGAAGGCGGAACCUACAAAAGCCGGCCGUCCGUCCUGAGACGGCAGCGCGCUUUUACUCGUUGGAAUAUUUGAUUUGAGAAGACGACAUUCUCUCAGAGCACGGCGGCCUCGCGCUUCACGCAGCAGCCUCACUGAGGUGGAGCCAUCUGGAUCGGAUCGGAGUCUCUCUUUUGGGUUCGUUUGACUUCCUCCCGGAUUUCAAAAAAACAUUUUAGGGACCAGAGGUGGGUAAAGGAGCCACAAAUGGGACUCCCGUAAGAGUGCUGCUACUUUACAAUCACAUGACUCCAGUCAGUCAAAAGCUGGCCUUCAAAUAGUGACUUGAAAAUCCUCAAGUAGUCGAUGAGUGAUGACUGCGAGUGCGCUCAAUGGAAUAGAAUCAAAGUUGUAACAAAAAUACUCAAGCACAAGUCAGAAAUGUAAGAAUCACUACCCACCUCUGAUGGCGACCAAUCAGGGGUGUUGAGCGGACAGUUGGAUUAUUGUGGCAGCAUGGUGUACUGGUGGUUCAUACAGCUGCCCCACAGUCAAGGAAUCCGGGUUUGAAUCUCAGUUUUAUCAAAGACUCAAAAUUGUUUGUAAAUGUGAAUGCCUUGAAUGGACUGGCGACCAAUCCGGGGCCAGGCUCCAGUUCUCCGCAAGGCCGCUGGUGACCAACAGCCCAGAAAAUUGCAGGCGUCACUUGUGGAAUCCAUCUCCGGUGUUUGAUUAGUUUUUUUUAAAUUUUUAUUUAUUGUCAUAAAUCCAAUUUUGCAUGGCUGCCUUCAUAGAGCCGCCACGUGUUUUCUUUGCGAUAUUAGACACUGCUCUCGCUUUCUGGGGAUUGUAAUCUUGUCUGUUCUCCGGCUGAUCGGAGAAGGUUCACAUCGGUCUGACAAACUCCGAGUUGAGAGAAAGUGCCUUUCGGCAACCAGUGCCCAGUCACACCCAUCAGCUCUCAAAUUGCCCCCCAACUGCGAAAGACGUGUGUGUUGUUGUUUUGAAGCCUUUUGAAAUACCCUCCAAAAUUAAUAAUGCACAAAAAAAUCGACCUAGAUACUCGCGCAGCGGAGUCUCGUUGCGCUUGACAGAGAAAAUACAGACUGAUAAGUUUUUGCUGAGCACUGGUGGCUGAACGCGCACUUUUGUGUCCACUAUGGAAAGGGAAAAGGCUCCAUUUUGUCUCAGCAGAUGAAUCGAAAAACAAUUCAUCUCCUCCACUUGUGUGUCUGUAGCAUUUGACAUUGCCUUCAUGUACGUUAUGUGCAAAGGGGAAGAAAAAAAAAAAUCUGAAUUCAUUGCGCUAACUUCCUUUGGCUCCCGUCCGCUGACAUUCAAGUGACCUUACGCAAAACGUGUUUACAUGUGACAUCAUUUCCAUCCGGACUUGUCAAUAAAGCACAUUUGUUACUCGGACCCUAAGUGCAAA